GCUGUCAUGUGAGUUCCAAAUCGGCAAAGAACAGCUCACAGCUUUUCUUUCGAUUUCCUAGCAGGUUUUCCAUCCAAUGAAGUAGUGCAAUUUUAGUUCGUAUAACGCGAUGGCUCCUGUGGAAGGUCCAUCCACCUCAAGCUGUGCAUCCCCCUCCUCGUCCUCGUUGACUUCGGCGUACUCUUCAACGGGGUCGACAUGGGUUCGCGAGAGCAAUCUGCAGUGGUACCACCGAUGGGUUAUUCGCGUACUUCAAGCCGGCCCCAUACCAGCGCACGUCGCCUUCAUCAUGGACGGCAACAGGCGGUACGCCAAGAAAGCCAACAUUGCCAAAGCCGAAGGCCAUUCGGCGGGGUUCGAAAAGCUCUCGGAAACGCUCCAGUGGUGCCUAGAGGUCGGCAUCAGCGAGGUGACGGUCUACGCAUUCAGCAUAGAGAAUUUCAAGCGCACCCAGGAGGAGGUUGACACACUCAUGAAUCUGGCGCGGGAAAAAUUCCAACGGCUGCUGGCGGAGAGGGACAAGCUGCACGAGCGAGGCAUCUGCAUUCGCAUCAUCGGCAACUGGGACCUGUUGGCACCGGACAUACAGCGUAACAUUGCCGAGGCGGUCUUACUGACCCGCCACAACCGUAAGGCCACACUGAACGUGGCCUUCGCCUACACGUCGCGGGACGAAAUCACACAUUCCAUACGCACCAUCGCGGAAGCCGUCGGCGAUGGGAAGCUCGAGCCGGAGGACGUUAGCGAGGAGUUGCUGACCCGCUGCCUGUACACGAAGUAUUCCGCCGAACCGGAUCUGCUGGUGCGCACGUCGGGCGAAGUAAGGCUAAGUGAUUUCCUGCUCUGGCAGUCGACGUCGACGGUGAUGUACUUCACCGAAACGCUGUGGCCCGAGCUUACCAUUUGGCAUCUGCUCGGAGCGGUGUUCUACUAUCAAAGGGUGCGUUGGAGGAUGCAGGACGUGCGGAAGGCGCUGGACCAGUUCACCAGCGAACCGUACGCCCGAUGCCCGGACGGGGCCGAUACGAGCGGGAAGCGAACAGAACGAAUAGGCCGCUUUUUGGAGUACGUCGAACAAAAGGAGGAACAUCAGCUGAUACAGUUGGCUCGGGGGAUGGGUGUACAAUAAAGUUAUUCGGUAAUUAGGAACCAGUGUACGAAUUUCUGUUAUAUUUUCCAUAUGUGUUACAUAUAGUAAAAUAGGAAAAAAAAACAA